AUGGUUAUUUGAUGGAUCAUUAAAACAAUACAAGACUGACUACAGAUCCAGUUCAAUAAUCGUGAAUUAACUGGUAUAUUCGGUCGAUUAAAAUGAAAUAAUUAACAAAACCGAUCAUUCAUAAAUAUCACGCAGUCCACAAUACAGAGUCCUCAGAAACACGUGGGGUAAAGUAUACCGGCAUCCGACAAAACAGAGGCCGCAGUGACAUCUAGCGGAACUGUCCCGCAUUACACAGCUGGACACACCCACACGGCAAUGUCAUUCCCGGCCGGGGCUUGCCGUUGUGUAACCCGGGACCGUGUGAGAGAGAGGAGGAAGCGAAAUUAAGGUCGUGUCGUGACUCAGAAGGUUCUGCCCGGGAUGUCGCGACACGCCGUGCUGUCGGCCGGAGCCUCGCUGUGGCGCUCGAUUUCCUGCCCCAGAGCGGAGCUGCGCCUCGACCUGGUGCUCACCUGCGGCCAGUCAUUCCGGUGGAGAGAGACGAGCGAGGGACACUGGACCGGGGUGAUUGCAGGCCGCGUGUGGACUCUGACCCAGACCCAGGACCAGCUGUGGUACCGCACUUACCCUUUGGAACCACGGGGGGAGAUGGGGGCGGAGCGUGUUAAAACUGAACCCGCAGGAGAGGGAGAGACACAGGGAGAGGCCAACAGGAGAGAGGAGAAGAGAGGGAGAGGGAAAGUUAAAACUGAACCCAUGGGAGAGAAAGAGGGAGUCGCCAGCCAUACAGAAAAGAAGAGAAGGAGAGGGAGGGAGCUUCUGAAAGCUGAGCCGAUGGGAGAGGGUGAGGGAGCAAAGGAGGUGAAGACAGAGGAGGACAGCCCCCACGGUGAAGGUUCAGAGCAGGACAGGAAGGAGCAGGCGAUCCUGAGGGAUUACUUCCAGCUGAGCGUGUCUCUGGGGGACCUGUAUGAGCAGUGGAGCCGAGCUGACCCACACUUCAAACACGUGAGCGAGACUUUCGCAGGAGUGCGGAUCUUGCGUCAGGACCCCUGCGAGUGUCUCUUCUCCUUCAUCUGCACCUCUAACAACCACAUCUCCCGCAUCGCAGGCAUGGUGCAGCGGCUGUGUGAGAGACUGGGGGAACCCCUGUGCCAGCUCAACCAGACCCCCUACCACCAGUUCCCAACACUGCAGGCACUGGCAGCCCCAGGAGUGGAGCCUCUCCUCAGGGAGCUGGGUUUCGGGUACAGGGCUCGCUUCAUUACCCAGAGUGCCAGAGAGAUCCUGGAGAAGCAGGGCCCCGAUUGGCUGGAAUCCCUGCGUGAUGUCACCUACGAGGAGGCGCGGGCGGCUCUGUGUACGCUGCCGGGGGUUGGCGCCAAGGUAGCGGACUGUGUGUGCCUCAUGUCCUUGGACAAGGCAGAAGCUGUUCCUGUGGAUACACACGUGUGGCAGAUCGCCCGACGGGACUAUGCAUCACAGCUGGGGGCGGGGCACAAGACCCUAACGGACAGGGUGUACCGUGACAUCGGUAAUCACUUCAGGAAGCUGUGGGGUCCCUAUGCAGGCUGGGCACACUCCGUGCUAUUCUGUGCUGACUUAAAGAAGUUCCACAACCUCAAAACAGAGGAACAGGUGAAGAAAAAAGGGAGAAAAAGAUAGUGGAGGAGAGGAGGGCUGGGAGUUAGGGUUCUUUAACCUUCAAAAAACAAUUCGAAACGUUUGUGUCUGCUGAUUAUUUCAGUGGUGUGAGACCUGUUUGUAAGAAAAAAAGAAAAUACAACUGCACUUUUUAAAUGAACAAAUUUAUCAGAAACAGAACACACACAUGUCUUGUGUCUUGGACCAAGUUGCUUUGUGGUGGUUUUAAGGCUUAUUUUUGUGCUGUUGGAUGUAAUAUGAAUUCUGUCUUCAGGUAACAAGCUCAGGUGUGUAAAAUUUUAUUUCCAGCCCUGUUUUAAAUUUAAAGAUGUUUUGUUUCUCAUCUGAUUUGAUGAAUGUCUUGUCCAGCGACCAAGCUGAAAUGACAAAUAAAUAAAAAAAAACAUGGCAAA